CUGAACCGCGACCACGGAGGCGCAGCACGCUGAACAUUUGCCUGUCCGCCGCCCCGACCCUCCGCGUCCAUCUGCCUCGCACCGCCCCUCCUGCCGGCCUCGAUCUGCCCCCGCGCUGCACAUUGGCCGUCGCCGCCGUUCCGCACACGUCGCCCUCUCCGGGCCCAGCACCCCCAGCACUCCAGCACUCCAGCACCCCGACGCCAGCAUGACUGACGACCUGGCCCCGCCCCGCAAGAGCGUCGAACUCGAGGAUCCGGGCGCGAAGGAGCUCGUCGACUCGGACAACGAGCACUUCUCCGAUGCCUCAGAGGGCCGCGUGCACGAGAAGGGCCUGGCCCAGGGCCUCGCGCAGAGCAGAGCCGAGGCAACGUCGCCCAUUCCCAUCACCCGCGUCGAGCGCGUCGACGACGAGCCUGCCCACGGCGAGGUCCCCGGCACCGCCGCCUACAGCAUGCGGACCCAGGACGCCGUGCCCGACGAGGUCGAGAUUGUGCCCGACGGCCAGCGCAGCCGCAGCACCUCGCGUGUGAGCGCCAGCGACCGCCCGCUCACCCCCGGCGGCACCCCCGUCCCCAAGACGGUCGUCGAGCGCAUCGACCCGGACCAGCCUGCCCACGGCGAGGUGCCCGGCACGCUCGCCCACCAGCAGCGCCUCGCCGACGCCGCCCCCGACAUCAUCGUCAAGGCCCCCGAGCCGCCGCAGCGAGACUCCCCAGGGUCGCCAACUGCCUCCAUUGAUAGGUCUCCGAUAAGCGACACCGCCGCCGACCACGCCCCGACCGAGCCAGACGACUCUCCUGAAGACACGCAGCACUCGGCGGACGCGGAUGCGGACGCGGACGAGGACGAUGGGUUCGGCGACUUUGACGAGUUCGAAGAGGGCGGCCAAGACGGCGACGACGACUUUGGGGACUUUGACGAUGGGUUUCAGCAAGGUGAGGAACAGGCAGAGACUACAUUUGACAGCCCCCAAAAUCAAACACCCGUACCCGCCCCUCCACAGCCACCACCAGGCCCCCCUGUCCUCGAUUUUGCCACUCUCUCAUCUCUGGACGCCAUCAUCGAAGCAACACAGCCCUAUGUCAAUGAGAUAUAUGCAUUCCCUCAAGACCUGCCCAGCAUAGCCACAUCCGGCGACACUCGCUCCAUCUUUCACUCUGAGCGGAGUCACUCGCUCUGGACACAGCUGGUUGCACCACCACCAUUGCAGCCACCUGACUGGGUCCGUUCCAGGAUACGGCGCCUAUUCCUUGUCUCGCUUGGAGUGCCCGUCGAUCUCGAUGAGAUCCUGCCUGCCUCUAAACAGAAAAAGCUUAUUCUUCCUUCCAUCAACAUCCCAGGCGACAAGUCUCCACGCCCAUCGUCAGACGGCCGCAACAACGCACUGGACCGCGUCAAGAAGGAGAAUGCAUCAAACACAUCAGUAGAUUCGUCAAAGUCAAAGACAGAAAGGCCACGAAAAGGACCACCACCUCCUCCAGAAUUGGAUCUCAGCGCCACCUCUAUGCUAUGCGCGACAACUGAAGCAGCUCUACUCAAUUUCACCGACGACGAACUGCAGAAACAUGUCGACCGCCUCAAGACCCUUCAGACUAGAGCGGGGCAGGUCUUUGAGUACUGGCAGAAGCAGCUGGAGAGUGCAUUGGGCGACAAAGAUGCUUUCGAGCAGGUCAUUGAAAGUUUGGUAGCACAUGCAAAGAAGCUCAGGUAGCAGUCAGGUAGCGUUAGAAUAGAAAUGAGCACAUAGUAAUGCAUAAUAUCUAGC